AUGCAAUUUGAUAUUCGACGUUUCGAUAUUUAUCGAAAAAUUCCAAAAGAUCUAACUCAACCAACUAAUACCGGUGCAGCAAUAUCUCUUGCUUGUAUAUCAUUUAUAUCAACAUUACUUCUUAUUGAACUUUAUUAUUUUAUUACACCUGAAGUUGCAAGUGAAUUAUUUGUUGAUAUACCAGAUAGUGGCCAUGCUGAUCGUAUACCAGUACAUAUUGAUAUUACUGUAUUAAAUAUCGGAUGUCAAUAUGUGGGUAUUGAUAUACAAGAUGAUCUUGGUCGUCAUGAAGUUGGAUUUAUUGAUAAUACUUUGAAAACACCAGAAAAUAAUGGUGCUGGUUGUCGUAUAAAUGCUUCAUUUAAAAUCAAUCGUGUACCAGGUAAUUUUCAUAUUUCAACACAUUCAGCAAGUAGUCAACCUGCCGAUGGUGAUAUGAAACAUGUUAUACAUGAAUUAACAUUUGGUGAUACAAUUAAAGGUUUUCGACAAAUUCCAAAUCGAAAAGCAUUCCAUCCAUUAAGACGUUUUAAUAAUACAAAUCGUCCAAGUCAUGCAUCACAUGAUUAUUUAUUAAAAAUUGUACCAACUAUUUAUGAAGAUCUUGGUAGUGUUCGUCGUUAUCCAUAUCAAUUUACAUUUUUCUAUCGAGAAUAUAAUCCAUAUCAACCUCAUGGAGGUGGUAUGAUACCUGCUAUAUGGUUUCGUUAUGAUUUAAUACCAAUUACUGUUAAAUAUACUGAACAUCGACAAAAAUUUUAUACAUUUAUAACGUCAAUAUGUGCUGUUGUUGGUGGUUCAUUUACAGUUGCUAGUAUAAUUGAUUCACUUAUAUUUACAGCAAGUGAAUUAUUUAAAAAAUUUGAAAUUGGUAAAACAACAUAG